GCUUGGUGUUGGAACCGGGACGAAAUGGGGGUCGGCGAUUCAACAUGUAGUCGGAGGGAUUGUGGUUGGAAUCCAUCUUGGGCGAUGCAUGAUGUAAUCCGAGUUGUUUUCUUGAGUGGUCUCCGUUGUAUUGCUAUCUGUGGAAUUUAGUUUCAGUAUGUUUGUCCCGUCGCGCCAGGCGCUUGACGCUAGCCAGAAUCAGACGCGGCUCUCACCACUUCUUGUUGCGCUGUUUUUCUUUCUGGGAGGUGAACGGGAUGUGGUUGGGGACAGGUUCUACUUCGAAGUACGUCGUAAGUACUUAAGGGCGUGUCGUCACCGCUCCCAGUGCCGUGUCUUUGGUCGUCGCGCUGUCACAAGGGGGGGUCCACCAAAAUCUCUGCUCGGCGGACAACUUUGAGUAGGCGGCAUCGGGCUCGCGGCAUGUUGCUGUGCCAUAACUUGAACGGGAGUUCGAUUCCUGUGGCGCUGCUGUUGCUGUGGUAGCGGCCAAACGCGCAGUAGAUGUUAGUUCCUCGUUGUCAAUCUGCCACGACCUGUUCGCUGUGAAAUUGGUUUCCUGUGAUACCUUGAAGCAUUGUUUUGUGUGUCUAUCACUUGGUCGCGCCUAGAGUAGAUUGUGCGACUCAACACGAAGAAAAUGAGAUAUUGAUAUACUGUGUGGUAUGAAGGGAUCGAAGCGGCUCGGGGGAGGCUUGGGAGAGAGGGGGUCCUGAGGCCCCGUGGCGGCGAUAGUAGUCUCCCACACCGCGCCGCCUUCCCGGACAGCUUCGAAUCCAGCCUUGUCGUAUUGUUGAUUGCUCAUGUUGCCUGUGGUGUCGCCCUCGGAUGUAAAUGUUUUGAAUCUUAGGUGGACCCUUGCAGGACACUUCAAACUGCUGUUUGUAGCUGCUAGCGAGAAGCAGGUCAAGUCAGUAUCAUGGUGAUUUGGCUCUUGUUGGCGUCUUCAUUUUGUGGGGGGACUUCUCUCUUGGCUUGCCUUAGCCGUGAUAUCUUCAGAUGGCGUAAUACUGUCGGGCCCGCCGGUAUGGCCGCCAUUCUCGAGCGUCUGAGGCACCUAGAGUCACGAGCUCCUCUCGGGAGUCUUCAAGGGGUAUAUUUAGCCAAAGGAUUAAUCGUGAUCGGGCGGAGAUACGAGAGAGGCUGACCUCACUAGCGGGGGUGUCUCUGAGGUGUUUGCCAUCCUUUUUAGCCUCGGCGUCAGGUGUGCGUGUUGUUUGGUAUGGUAUGAGUAUUGUCUGCUUGGGUCCUGCAUAAUUGUCUCUCGCGUAUUUAUUUUUUCGUAUGUUUGCACCGUUAGCUUAGGGAACACAGAAUGAGUUCGCGUGGUGCGAUGAUGAGUGCUAGAACAGUGCUACGGGUCGCAACGGUUUUUAACAUGGAAACAACACAAGCUCAAUCAACUGACAAGACGCAGGCCAAAACGAUGUGCCAGUGUGCCACAAAUACACAACAUCCCUCAGGCUGGAUCUUGUUAUUCUGUUUGGCAUACGAGAUUAGUCUUUUGGCCAUUGACGGCGGGGGGCAAAGAAAUGACUCUUGAUUGUUUGCUAAGAGUCAUUUUCUGUGGCGGGGGGUGCCAGGAGGCCAAUCACAGGAGGAACAACACAGCAGUCAACGGGCCCUCCAUGUGAAAAGCGUGG